AGUAGUAACAGUGAAUACUCGUAAACUCGCAGCAGACGAACACGACUACAAUCGGAAUAUCGACGCUAACGCGCGUUAAGCUAACUCAAUUUGCUCAGUGCAGAAAAUUUUGAAUGUGAAUUAUUUGUGUGGUGAAAACCCAUAAAAUAUGCUAUGUUUUAGAAAAAUGGUUUAAAAAAGUUUGAACUACAGAUUUCGCAUAAAUAUUUUGGUGAAUUCGCAAUUGGCGAUGUAAAAGUAACAAAGUGAAAAAAUUUGCAUGGAAAAAUUCUUUCCAUACGUAUCUCGAACACCUACGCGAAAUGCGCAUUAAUGCAAGGCACAGCAAAUAUACGUUGAUAUAAAAAACAUACAAAUAACGUUUUAUGCGAAAUUUGAAUGAUUUUUAUGUUGUAAAUUUUGGAUAUUGAAAUUAAAUAAACAUUCUAGAAAAGUAUUAGCAUCCUUGCGCUCUCAUAUACUCAUUGAAUUGACCAGUGAGGAGAUAGCGGCGACGCAGUGUAGGGUAAAAAGUGUGAUUCAUACAUUACGUGCGACCUGAAGCAUCGCGUAACCACAAGGGUCUGCGACACAAAACCACCCCCACCAUAAAAACAAAAACACCACUACCACCACCUAAGACGUAACUUAAAGGAGUACGAAUACAAUUCGUUUGGAAACAGCGAAGUUGUGAAUACGACGACAAAUGUGAACAUUCCGAUCAACAAUCAUUUGGAAGGAGCGAAAAUUUAUCCUGCCAGCAAUAACAAUAUAUGUACAGAUGCGUAUGUCGGCAGCUACUGUAAGUUAAUGACUACUUAUGCAUAAUAUUUGUUCCUGUGAGACAUAUUGGAAAAUCGAUUACGAUUGUGGCGUUUUUCAACAGAAACUGGCAUAAAUACAAAUACUCUAAUAAUCAAAGCAAAAAACAAAAAAAAAAACUGUGAAUCAGCAAAGGAAAACCCCAUAGUGUUUUGUCACUUUCGCCAAUUACACCAAAACUUCAACUAAAUUAUUAUACAAAUCGAGAUUAAUAUUUUGCUGCAGCAAAGAUGGGCGACGAAUACAGUCCAGAUGUGAGCACCAUGGAGACAAUUCUUCCAGCGAUUUUGGGCUUUACUGCGGCCGCAGUACUCUCUGCUGUUGCGUGCGUUUGUGCCAAGCAAAUACGUCAACGCAACCGCAAGCAGAAUCAGCAUGACGCUAGUUUUCCAUUUCAACCAACCCGACGUCCGACAGCUGUUCGCUCGCCAAGUGGUCAACCACCCCAUUAUCUCAAGAAAUCACCUUCGCCGACUGGCACCAAACAGCUAGGCAUUUUACAACCGAUGCAAGAUCAGACCACCUCACCGAUUGCCCCACAAACUAUGAAAUAUGUUGAAGAAGAUGAAGUACAAUCUUCACGUAACAAUCGUCAACUGAUGAACGGCGAACAUAAGCUUUCACCGACAAUUGAGACGCAGGCAACCAUUGUAGGCCAGACUCAAUGCAGUAAUGGUAAUAAUAAUGGCCAAAAUCACUAUCUUCAUCAGCAUUUAAGCGCAAUGGAGGAUACAGCUAGGGAGUUGAAUAUCGAUCAGUAUGGAAAAUUGGGUACCAUUUACUUUAAACUUCGCUAUUUGGCCGAACGUAAUGCCCUAAUGGUAUCGAUUAUAAGAUGCCGGGGCUUGCCAUGCAAGAGUGGGGGAAAUGGCGGCUCCGGAUCUGGUAAUGGAGUUGAUAGUGGCGGCAACAGUAACAACAAUAAGAACGGCUCAAAUGGUUCUAACGACAUACCGACCGGCUUGAAUGGACGUACUCAAACUGCAACUGAUCCAUACGUAAAACUGCAACUGUUGCCAGAUAAACAGCAUAAGGUGAAGACCCGUGUUGUACGAAACACACGCAAUCCAGUAUACGAUGAAGAUUUCACAUUCUACGGCUUAAAUAUCAGCGAUCUACAAAACAUGUCCUUGCACUUUGUUAUACUCAGCUUUGAUCGCUAUUCGCGUGACGAUGUUAUUGGUGAGGUUGUCUGCCCAUUAUCGUCUAUAGAAAUUGGUGACAUCUCCAAGGAGGCCCUUUCAAUUAGCAAGGAAAUACAGCCACGCAGCUUGAAAAUACGUGCUCAGGGACGUGGGGAAUUAUUGAUUUCGCUUUGUUGGCAACCAGCCGCUGGUCGUUUGACUGUUGUUCUUUUGAAGGCGCGCAAUUUACCGCGCAUGGACGUAACCGGCUUAGCUGAUCCGUAUGUGAAGAUCUAUUUAUUGUACAAUGGGCAGCGCAUUGCAAAGAAGAAGACGCAUGUUAAGAAGCGAACACUGAGUCCUGUCUUCAAUGAGAGUUUCGCAUUUGAUAUACCUGCUGCAGAGGGAACUGGUGCCACUCUAGACGGUGUCUCGUUGGAGUUGAUGCUCUUAGACUGGGAUCGUGUUACCAAGAAUGAAGUUAUUGGACGUUUAGAGCUUGGCGGACCCAAUUCUGGAGGCACAGCGUUGAACCAUUGGAAUGAGGUAUGCAAUUCACCAAGAAGACAAAUUGCUGAGUGGCAUAAACUAAACGAGUAAGGCGAUUCAAUGGAUAUUGCUAAAUAGCUGAAAAGCCCACGUGGGGGGAAAGCGAAGUGAAUUCCGAUAAUAUUGAAAGAUAAAAAUGUAUUUCUGUGGUGGGAACAGAUUUUAUACUUGAAAUAUGAAACCUGCUAUAUAAGUUAUAUGAAAGAAAUACGAGGAUACGUAUGUAUAUAUACGUGUAUAAUUAUUUGAAAAUAAUACACACAUAUGUACAUGUAUAUGUACAGGCAAUGGUAGAAACAAUGAAUGUGCAAAGUAUUAAACAAGUAAAAGUAAAAGAGAAAUUAUCCAAGGCUGGAAAAGGUAUUUAUGGCGCGCUUUGUUGCAUUCUUAAAAAAAAAAAAAAAAAUAAUAAAACAGGAAAAUAAAAUUAAAUAUGAAAAAACAGUGUAGCAUAAGCAUAUAUACGUAUUAUAAAUAAUUGCAUCACUACAAAGCAUUUUCAUAUAUAUGCAUAAGUGCACAUAAUUGAAAUAAAGGGAAAUGAAUUAAACCUUAAAAGAUAAAUGAAAAUGGAUUUGUGACAAACUAAGUUCAAUUCGUAGAAAAAUCUAAUGUUAUAGAAUAUUUUUGCAAAUUGUAUAUAUGUAUAUGAAGAAAAAACAUAUUAGUUACUCAAUAAUGUCUUUUAAUCUACCAUUAUUUUUGUAAAAGAUUUUCUGUAAAUUUUGCAAACUCAUUUAUAAAUAAAUUUUUAGUUAAGUAUACAUUUUUUUUACCAAGUUUAAGCUGUUGGAAACGAAGACACCAAAUCAUUCAAAUAUAUAUAUAUAUAUAUUUUAAUUAUUUUUAUGAUGAAAGUAUUAUUUGAAUCGAUCGAUUGUAUUAAAUAAAAUAUACAAAUAUAUUAAACACUGAAUACUCAAUUAAACUUUCACACAUACAUAAGUAUUUAUAUACAAAAUACAUAGUAAGUUGUCGAGUUUUAAAGUAAUUUCAAUGGAUAUUAGGUAUGUAAAUGCAUCACAAGCAAGCUUUAUUACCAGCUAACACAAAACGUAAAUUAUCAAAAGAGUUUCAAAAUUUUUUAAUUAAAAAAAUAAUCUUUGCUGAAAAGUUUUUUUGCUUCGAUCAUUAUUUGUAUGGAUCUGUUAGAAAUUAUCGCUUUGGUCAUAUUAUAUUAUGGAGGUCUUUGAGUGAGUCUUUGAGUUUCAAUUGAAAGCCAUUAGCAAUGGCACGAGGUUUUGAUAUUCUCAACACAUACAUACAUAUGGAAAUUCGAACCGAGACGCAGAAAUUUGAAGUAAUUGCUUCUUCUUAUUUACGAAGCUACAGGAAAUAUUGUUUUUAUUUUUGCUAAUAUGUUUUAUAUAUAUAUACGAGUAUACACUUAUAUAUAUAUAUAUAUAUAUAUAUAUACAUAUAUAUUUCCUUUUGGCAAACUGUCACUAAACCGCAAAGCUCAAAAUUUGCACAAUUAACGUUAUUAAAUACAUACAUUUACAUAACUAAUUACUCAGAUUUCUUUAGAAGCUCUUUGAGAUAUAUUAUCACACAUAGACAAACAUAUUUACAUACAUAUAUUAUAUACGCCCUCAUGCACAUUUUGAAUCAAACAAUUAUACAUACAUACAUACACAUUGUGUUGCGUUGAUCGACAGAUAAUGUAGUACUUUACAUUACAAACAAUACAAACCUAUAUAGAAAUAUCAUAAUAUUUAUACAUACAUACUGAUGUAAUGGAUGCUUAAUCUUUAAUCUUCAUAGCUGUGAGUGCGCAUGCCGAAACAGAUACCGAACCGUAAGCAGUACAAUAAAUAUAAAAAUAUAAAGGUACAUACAUACAUUAAAUGAUAAAUAUACAUAGGAUUCUGAAAACCCAAAAAUAUAUAUGUACUUGAUAGAUAUGAUUGUAUAAAAAAGUGGAGCAUAUAUGUAUGUAUGUAAUUUGAUAGUUGUAAGAUAAUUAAAAAUGUCGGUAAUAAAACAAAUGAAUGACAGAUACUCUAGAUAUUGAUUUAAUGAAUAAAGAAUCAUUAUUUCAGCUUAGAAAUAAACAGCAAUGCUCCCCCAGCAAUAUGUUGCUGACAAAAAUUUACAAAAAAUCUCUUCAUUACAUAAACAAUACAAGUAUUAUUUUUGCACACACCACAACCUUAGGCUAUAUUAUAUUGGCUUAUAAUGGAAUUACAAUAGUCAGCCGCUGAUUAUAUGUAAAUUUAAAUGGACAUGAUAACCUGGCCAAAUAUCUGGUAUAGUUGUAAGCGCCAUAUCACAUUUAUUUUAUAACUAAAGAGAGAAAUUAACAAAAUAUAUUAAAAAAAUUAUCAACACUUAAU